UACAUCUUUCUCUUUUUCUCUCUCUCUCUCUCUGUCUCUGUCUGUCUGUAUGUGUUGUAUAGCUUGUAGAGUGCAAUGUGCAGCCAAGGAUGACUUGCCGAUAGCCUCUUUGUUAUUUUCACUCAUUAGUUUGUAUUAUAGAGUGAAUAUAAUUGGUAUUAGUUGGCAAGUUGGCCUUGGCUACAUGUUUCUUUCUGCUCAUCUUCAUCAUCAUCAUCAUCUCUAUUCGCUUCUCUACUUCUCAUCAUUACCAAUUUACAGAUCUGACUUCACUCACUCAUUUCCACACAAUUCUUUUCAUUCUUCAAUGGACGCCAAUUCCGGAGGCGCACCACCGCCGACUACGCCUGUUCCGGCGUCUACUUCUACCGGCGGCGGAGGAGGAGGAGGGAAUGACGUCGAGUUACUCUGCAAAACUCUACAAGUCGAACACAAGCUGUUCUACUUCGAUCUGAAAGAGAAUCCUCGAGGUCGCUAUCUCAAGAUUUCCGAGAAAACCUCCGCUACUCGCUCCACUAUCAUCGUUCCUUUCUCAGGCAUCUCCUGGUUUCUAGAUCUCUUUAAUUACUAUGUCAAUUCCGAUGAUCAGGAUGUUUUCAGCAAGGAAUUGCAGCUCGAUACGAAGGUUUUCUACUUCGACGUCGGUGAGAACAGAAGAGGUCGUUUCCUCAAGGUGUCCGAAGCUUCUGUGAGCAGAAACCGCAGUACUAUCAUUGUUCCUGCUGGAAGCACCAGAGAUGAAGGGUGGGCAGCAUUUAGGAACAUCUUGGCUGAGAUCAAUGAAGCAUCAAGGCUUUUUAUACUACCCAACCAGCAAAGUGGUGAAUCUUCAGAACGUAUUGUUGGGCUUUCAGAUGAUGUUGGUGCUGGUUUCAUAUCAGGGCACAGUAGUCAGCCAGCCACAACCACUGAACUGAACAUGGACCGAUCUGUAGAUUUGCCAGCGCAGGAAGAAAUUGGUAAUAUGGGAGUGUCGAAAGUGAUCAGAGCGGAUCAGAAAAGAUUCUUCUUUGAUCUUGGGAACAAUAACAGAGGUCAUUUCCUAAGAAUAUCUGAGGUUGCGGGUUCUGAUCGGUCCUCAAUCAUUCUCCCUCUGUCUGGACUCAAGCAGUUCCAUGAAAUAGUAGGUCACUUUGUGGAGAUCACCAAAGACAGAAUUGAAGGGAUGACAGGAGCAAAUGUUCGAACAGUGGAGCCCCCGCAGAGAUAGAUGAAUGCAAACAUGGGUUUUUUGGUGAUUAAAUAAAUAAUUCCUGUCUGCCAAAGGUUGCUGAUCUAGAGGUAGAAAUGGGAUUUUGAUUAGGGGUGGGAUUGUGCGUUAAGCUGUUUGUUCUGUAAUUUUUUUUUAUUCUUCUUCUUCUUUCUCUCUUCGUUCUAUUAUUCAAGUCUGAAAUAAUCCGAUUCAUAUAUGAGCAACCUAGAAUUCGGAGAUGAUUGUGAAGCUUGAAUUGAAUUAGGGAAUAAUAGGAAAACCAACCAAGUUACUUGUAAUUGCCAGUUUGAAUAGUGUCCCUUCUCAUUUACAACAUCUUAAUAAUGAUAAUUGCUUAAAUUAAGUGAUUUA